AUGCGAAGCCCCGGGGCAAAAAGAACGCGGUUCUACAACUGCGACGCGCUCAGCGACCAAACGGACAUCCUUGACUCUGAAUGCACGGGUACGGAUGUUGCCAGUGUCUGGAACAGCAUUUUGUCGUACUGGUUCCCCCCCGAGGAAGGUUACCAGCUCCGCCUGAACCACACUGAAGCAUGGGUCGAGGUGUAUGUGAUUCGGGUUGCGGUCCGCCCGUGCGAGAGAGACAUUUCCUUCAGCCCGGUUUUCGUCGUGCGCUGCUACGGCGCCCGUGCGGAUGUCCCCGGGAUGCCUACCUGGGACCAGACUAUGGCCGAUAUUCCAUCCAGCGUCACGGAUGUCUGUCGCAGCGUGAACGGAAGUGGCCGUCCCGCGUUUGGGGCGAUCGCCUGCGCCGACGUCGUGCGGCUCUGUGCCUUUCACCCUGGAGAGUUGACCAUGGACGCUUGCGACGAUUGGCCUGGCAUGUACUUUAUCAGCCUGCUGAAAAACGAUAUCAAGGAGUACCUUGACCACGUCAAGGCCAAUUUUGCCAAGCAAUGGGGUCACCCGUACUCCUACUACUGCGAGAGUGAUGACUCCCCGUCUCCGCCGCUGCAGGAGAUGGACGGCGCCCACGAGGCUAGCAUCGAAGCAGAGAGAGGCGAUUUCGAACACUCCGCUAGCGAUGAAGGCAGUGCGGGCAGUGCGACCAGGGUGAAAAGUGAGGAUGCAAACAGCAUGGAGACCUCCAAUGCGGGGAGCACUGACCUUAACACUGAUAGCGACCUUACUGAGGCCCUGGUGGAAAAUCGCGUGAAUGGCCAUGUCGGUAGGGCGAUAACAGAUCAGGGAGGCUCUCCAUCCUCAUGCAAGCAGCUCUGA